AUGUCGCGUCAUAAAUUGGUAAAGAACCUGGAUCUGGACGACGAGCUGGACGAUUUCGAUGGCGGGGACGACUAUGCUGAGGAUGGAGCCGGCGAAGAGCUCAGCGAAGAAGACCAAGGUCUGUCUACCCCUCCAAGACCCCAAUACAUGCGAGCUGGUACCGUAGCAGUACGCGCCGAGCUCCCAGGAACCGCCUCCCACGUCACCGAGAAGCAGAUCCACGAGGCACUGUGGCAUUACUUCUACGAUAUCCAGAAAACGGUCGACUACCUGAUGAGGACGUUCGUGAUGGAGCGGCCGAAGAAGGAGAAGAAAGCUAAAGGUGGGCUGAUUUCCAUUUUGCAUGGGGAAGGAGAUCCUGCUGGGGUAUAUGUGUAUAGCUGUGGAUCUGGGUCUGGACUUGAUGAGACUGGAUCUGAAGAUUGCGAGGAGGCUUUCUCCUGUGCAAAUUUCUUCCGGGAUAUGCCAUGGUUGAAUACUCCUAUGGACCGGCAAGCGGAAUUUCUUGCGCCCCUUCAUCCAAGAGGUGGACUGCUGGGUGGUUCUUCUGAUGGAGCACCGAAGAUGUCGAAAUUACAGGCUUUGGCAGCGGCGAGGAAGAAGAAGGCUCAAGAACAGAAAUCUAGUGAGGGUUCGGGGAUGGAUAAGUCUAUGGCCGAUCUCACGCUCAACUCGAGCGCCGAUAAAGAGCAGCCAUUCCCGUCCACAAAGUCUACAUCAAGAGGGUUCCCUGUACGCAAGCGCAAGGACUCAAACCCCCACGAGAAGACUGCCAAGGCUCCGCCGGUGGAGCGAGGAGGACCAGAGCCAACUACGCCCGUAGAAGGCCCUCCAGUCGACCAAGCGGAGCCCUCAGCUUUCGCCAACACCAUGUUCAGCAGUCCUACGUCCACCGCCCCUAGCACAUCCAGCCUUUUCUCUCUACCUUACAGCAGUACUGCCGCCCCGAUAACCGCUGACCCGUUCGCAGGACCUAGUCCGGAUGACGUUGUCAUCGCAGCACAGUCGAAAGCGAAAGGAGGGGGCAGCAAGGGACCGCCGAAGACGAGUGGGGAGAAGCGGGAGGAUCAGAUUGCGAGUGGUGUUGAGGCUGUGAGGCUGGAUGAUACGCCGAAGGCGAAGAGUAGGAAUCUGGAUGUGUUGAGCGAGUUUGAAAAAGCAAAGACGAAAAAUGCGGCGAAUUUCGUGGUUAUUGGCCACGUUGAUGCUGGGAAGAGUACUUUAAUGGGACGCUUACUAUAUGAUCUGAAAGUUGUAGAUCAACGUACGAUAGACCGGUACAAGAAAGAAGCCGAGAAGAUGGGCAAGUCUUCGUUUGCUCUUGCUUGGGUGCUGGACCAGGGAACUGAAGAGCGAAGUCGAGGUGUCACAAUUGACAUCGCCACUGACAAGUUCGAGACUGAAAAGACAUCAUUUACGAUUCUCGACGCACCUGGCCAUCGGGAUUUCAUACCAAACAUGAUUGCAGGAGCAGCGCAAGCCGAUUUUGCAGUUUUGGUAGUUGAUGCCAAUACAGGAUCUUUUGAGUCAGGACUGAAGGGCCAAACGAAAGAGCAUGCAUUGCUAGUACGAAGUAUGGGGGUCCAAAGAGUCAUCAUUGCAGUCAACAAACUCGACACUGUAGCCUGGUCAGAAGAACGCUUUCUCGAGAUCCAAAACCAGGUCUCCGGCUUCCUCACACAAGCCGGAUUCCUACCCAAGAACAUAGCUUUCAUACCCUGUUCCGGACUUUUGGGAGAAAACAUUGUUAAGAAGGCCACUAACACGGAAGCAAGCUGGUACACAGGCCCUACGCUCGUAGAAGAGCUUGAAAACUCCGAGCCUAUCACGCGAGCGCUCACCAAACCUUUACGUCUUACCAUCAGCGACGUCUUUCGAGGCGGCGUCCAAAACCCUCUCUCUAUCAGCGGCCGGAUCGAAGCCGGCAGCCUCCAAAUCGCUGACGCGCUCCUCGCCCAACCCUCGGGAGAAAAAUGUUUCAUCAAAGCCCUCGAAAUGGACAACGCGCCCGUAGACUGGGCUGUCGCCGGCCAGAACAUCACCGUACAUCUCCAGAACAUCGAAGAAAAGCACAUCAAAGUCGGCGACGUUCUCUGCUCGCCUGCAAGCCCGAUCCAGAACAUCAAGGAGUUUACGGCUAAGGUGCUCGCGUUUGAGUUCCUGACGCCGGGGGCCGUUGACGUGCAUCGCGGGCGGCUGCACGCGCCGGGACGCAUCGAGCGGAUCAUCGGGGUGCUGGAUAAGAAGAGCGGCGCAGUGGUGGGCGCCGGGGCCGCGGAGGGCAAGAGGAAGAAGGCGAGGAUUGUGAAGCCCGGAGAGCUGGCAAGAGUCAAGGUCGUAUUUGAUGGGCUGAGCGUGCCGCUUGAGGCCGGGGCCAAGGUUGUGCUGAGAAAUGGCGGGGAGACUGUUGCUGCUGGUUUGUUGGAGUGA